AUGGGUCUCCCACUAUUCGUUGCCCCUAUCGAGUCGGAUCUCAAGUCCAAGUCGCCAGAAAAGGCCAAUAGCCUCCGUCCUACACGAUCAUCCAUACGCCACAGCCGCCGUCCCGACGUCGCUCGUGCCGUUCGUCGACGAGCCGCUAUAUUACGAGAGACGUUCACAAACACAAGCUUUGAGCAGCCCGAGCGCUCGCUGUUAUCCCGAGAAUGGGAGGAUGCUGGUCAUCCUGCGCCUUCGGACCGGCCUGCGCGUUAUCCUUGGAUAGAAACUGGCCAACUUCCACCUCCUGAAGCCUACAAUCCGCCGAGCGCCCCUCCCCCACUCCCAGAGUGGUUGACGUACCGAUUGGAGCGACAUGACGCGGCCGCGGAACGCACGAGGGCAAAUGACGACGAGGACCGUAUCAUGAGUCUUCUAGGCGAACGUUAUCUGAUUGCUAGCCGAUCGACCAGUGGAAGUCCGUCUCCCGCUGGAGAACAACCAUCACAGCUUGUCAGAUUGCGGGCUCGCAACCUCAGACGCGGCGCUGAUGAUGCGCCAAACCCAGAGACAUACCGGCGAGAACGAAUUGCACCUUCAGUGGCUGCUCGCUUCGAUCGCAGUCCCGAGCGAGAACAGCCCGGCUCGGCGGUCAUUGACAACGCGUCCCGUUCGCAACCGGCUUCGGGGCAGUUCAUACGAGAAGCGCAUACUUCCGUCAAUCGCAGGGCAUGGCGCAGACUCCGCUCAUCCGUCGGCGUUGACGGUCUGGGAGAUCGCACUCGAAGCAUGAGCCCAGAGGUCUGGGACACGCUUUUAACGACACUCACUCCUGACCCGCAACCGCCCAGCGCCGGGUCCUCGUUUGCCUCUGCGUCCGCGUCGAGCUCGGCGGCUACAUCACAACGCCGGAGCGCGGCUGCAUCGUCCCGCACCUCGUUCACCGACCCGGAGCUCUCCCGCGAGAAUGCGGUCGAGCAACCUUGCGAUUCGGCCCAGGAAGACUCGGAGAGUGAUAACGAGACGCCACGUGCUGCGCGUCCAGAGCGGCCUUCAACGAAUUACCCGUCGAGGCAUAGACGAUUCGUAUCAGCGUUAGACUCGAACGAUCAGAGCAGCGUGUCGCACGUCCGUGCCGACAGGCCGGGCCUACGACAAAGCCUCCCAGACCGCAUUAUUUACGCUCAUGGCCAUAUACGCGAUCACCUGCUGUCGUAUGGCCCUCUUUUUUCAAGUCAUAUUCCUCCCUUACUCGGGGGCACUGCCCGACGCGCGGAUCACACUGCAGACACAGCUGCAGCAGAGGAGUCGCAAGACGCACAGCCUGAUCAAGUCCAGACUCAGACUGAUGGUGCCCCCAACGUGGAUGAAAUCGCCUGGGCUAUCUUACGCAGUCUUGCAGACAAUAAUGGAACGGAUGAGUGA